UCCCCUACCCUGGCCGUCCGCCGAGCCAUGUCGUUGAGCCCCAAGCACACGACGCCCUUCUCCGUGUCCGACAUCCUGAGUCCCAUCGAGGAGACCUACAAGAAGUUCGGCGGCGCCAUGGACGGCGCGCCGCCCGGCCUGGGGGCUCCCCUGGGGGCCGCCUACCGCGCGCCGCCGCCCGGGCCCUCGUCGUCGUCGUCGUCGUCGUCGUCGUCGCAGGCGGCGGCCGUGGCCGGCAUGCAGCCUCCUCACGCCAUGGCGGGCCACAACGCGGCGGCUGCGGCGGCCGCGGCGGCAGCGGCAGCGGCGGCGGCGGCCGCCACCUACCACAUGCCGCCCAGCGUCUCGCAGUUCCCUCACGGCGCCAUGGGUGGCUACUGCAACGGUGGCCUGGGCAACAUGAGCGAGCUGCCCGCCUACACGGACGGCAUGCGGGGCGCCGCCGCGGCCACCGGCUGGUACGGCGCCAACUCGGACCCGCGCUACUCGUCAAUCUCCAGGUUCAUGGGGCCGUCGGCGGGCGUGAACGUGGCCGGCAUGGGGUCGCUGACAGGCAUCGCGGACGCCGCCAAGUCACUGGCGCCGCUGCACGCGGCGGCCGCGGCCCCGCGCAGGAAGCGGCGCGUGCUCUUCUCGCAGGCGCAGGUGUACGAGCUGGAGCGGCGCUUCAAGCAGCAAAAGUACCUGUCGGCGCCCGAGCGCGAGCACCUGGCUAGCAUGAUCCAUCUGACGCCCACGCAGGUCAAGAUCUGGUUCCAGAACCACCGCUACAAGAUGAAGCGGCAGGCCAAGGACAAGGCGGCGCAGCAGCUGCAGCAGGAGGGCGGCCUGGGCCCACCGCCGCCACCGCCACCGCCACCACCGCCGCCGUCGCCGCGCCGCGUGGCCGUGCCCGUGCUGGUCAAGGACGGCAAGCCGUGCCAGAACGGCGCCGGCACUCCCACGCCGGGCCAGCCCGGCCAGCAGCCGCCGGCAGCGACGCCCGCGCCCGAGCUGGAGGAGUUGUCGCCCAGCCCGCCUGCGCUGCACGGCCCCGGAGGCGGCUUGGCAGCCCUGGACGCGGCCGCUGGGGACUACGGCGGCGGUGGCGGCGUGCUGGGCGCCAACCUGCUCUAUGGCAGGACGUGGUGACCCUGCGGAGGUCCUGAAUGUGGCCCCCCGAAUGGUGGACCUGAAACUGCAAAGGCGGACAGGGGCUGGGGGUGCGGCGUGCGCGGAAGCCGAGUCUUCGAAGUAUACGCGGCGAUCAGAGACCAAGACGGGGGAUGGUGGGUGACAGCCGCAAGCCUGGGCACGAGGCUUCCAAGGGUUCUCGGCUCCUUCCAGGAGUCUCUAAAUGAGGCGACAGGGUGCUUGAACCCCGCCAGCCGCCGCCGCGUACCUAACCAAAGCUCUCAAGAGUUUUAAAAGUUGAAAACUUUGUGGGUAUUUGUAUUUCUUAAAGGAAGGAGGGGGCGCGGAAUCAAGCCAGCUUUAAGUGUGGUUUUGUUUUUGUUUUCCUGUUGGGAGAUUCGUUUUCUUAGGAGCCCACCCCUCCCCCCUCCUCAUCUCACCCCCAAGUGCAAUUUCAUUAGUGUUUGAUUGCGAGUAAAUUGAAUUGUAGGUUGAUCAUGCCCACAGCAACGUUAUCGCAGGGGAAUUAUUGCCAUUUAGGUCAUAGGGCCAAGGAAUCAAGAUCAA